UUUAUGCUCUUCCCUCAUUCCCUAGGGAAGCAGCCAGAGUGAAUACCAAAAAGGUUUUCACUGGGGAAAAUUAGAACGCCAACAAAAGAAGUCCUUUCUCUGAGACUGAGCACAAUCAUCUCAUCUAUUGACAACUUCCAGAGGUUCUAAGAAGCACAGUGGAAGAGGAGAUUUUAGCAAUCUGGAAGAAUUUUUGCAUGUGCCCAGAAGUUUCAGACAAUCAUGGAUCAAGUCUGAGGCAAAGAGUUUGUAAGACUCAACAAAGAAAAAAAUCUUCAUGCUACUACAUACUAAAAUAAACUAAUGAACACAACUGAACUAUAGGUCUGUCAAACAGAUAGGUCAGUGAAAUGUGCAUUGAGAGAGGGCCUUGGGUCUUCUGGGGCUAGCCCUGGAGUGGACCUAGGAUGUCACUAUUAUUAGAGGCGUGCAAAUUUCUGAGGCUGUCCCCUGCAGGACUCAGAUCCUCUGCUCAACAGUUCAGAAGCUCUUUAUUGGGGAGGGCAGGCUGGGCUUCACAGCAACCAGGAGGCUGAAUGUGCAGCAAUGUUGGUGAUGCUGUGGCAAAUGGUUCUGUUUGUCGUGAGGGCUGGUUCUGGGAGCAAAGUCUGGGUGGGUGGCAACCUCCUGGGGCAGUCAGAAGACAGAGUCCCAGCCAGGGGCACAAACAGCUUGAAGAAUUUGACUUGGGAGGAAUACAAGAAGGGCUGACAGAGGCUGACUCUAAUUGCAAAGGCCACUGUGACUGGGAUGGUGUUGACCUGGGGAUCUUGGGGACAGAUGAGACCAGGGCAGUGGGCAGAGGCCCCUGACUGCUGCUUGUAAGAUUGGAAGUCCUGGCUGUGCAUUUGAGGAAGCGGGGCAGCCUGAAGGAUCCGUCACAAAAGCCAGCACAGCUGGGCCCCAGAUUUUAUUUCUGGGUUUUAUCCCUAGAAUCUCCUUGGCCUUGAAGACCCUGAUCUCCAGCUAGUGCUGAAAACGUGAGCCUGGUUGGCAUGGAGACCUGGGCAGAAGAAUGCCCUGGUGCCUCUGGAGAUGGAGCCUGUGAAUGUCAGAAUGGUCAUCUUUGGGCUCAGGUCAGCCUGUGCAUCUUCUUGGGGCAGAAGAGCUGGCCCAGAGCAGCAGAAUUUGUGGUGAGAUAUCACCUGCUGGGAAAUUGAAGACCUCUUGCUCAAGCUGAAACUGGUAGCUGAUGAGCUCUGCCUGCAAGUCGUCUGGGUGGGGAGUACUGUGCUCUCAGUGUGAAGCUUCUUGUGAGGGACAAUCGCUUGAGAAGCUGAGACCUCCCAAAAGGUGAUCUUGACAGCACUGAACUAAAGUGACCUUCAGAAUUCAGAUGAACUGCCCGAAUUCUGCUGUUGGGUGACCUGGAACACCUUGAGUACAGAUGCUCCUGAUUCGGAGGAUGAGGUUACUCCGUCCUGACUGCAAUGCAAUAACCAUGAUGUGUUUUGGACCAAAAUGGCAACAGGCAAGAUUGGGCACCUAAACAGAAACUGCACUUGUAGUAUGAAGAAGGGAAGAGGAAGAACAAGCCGGAUCAGAAGACGAAAACUCUUCAGAAGUUCUGAAUCAAGAGGAGUGAAUGAGAGCUACAAGCCUGAAUUUAUAGAGCUGAAGAAGUGGCUGAAAGAGAGGAAGUUUGAAGACAUGAACUUAACACCUGCCCGUUUUCCAGGUACUGGAAGAGGGCUGAUGAGCAAAAUAUGCCUGCAGGAGGGACAGAUGAUUAUUUCAUUGCCUGAGAGUUGCCUGCUCACCACGGACACAGUGAUCAGAAGCUACUUAGGGGCGUACAUUGCUAAGUGGCAGCCUCCUCUGUCUCCUCUUCUGGCUCUCUGCACCUUUUUGGUUGCAGAAAAGCAUGCUGGGGACCGGUCUGUCUGGAAGCCUUACCUGGAGGUUUUACCGAAGGCCUACACCUGCCCUGUUUGUUUGGAGCCGGAAGUGGUGGAUCUUCUUCCCAAACCAUUGAAAGCAAAGGCCAGAGAACAGAGAACCCGCUUGCAGGAGUUCUUUACUUCCUCCAGAGACUUUUUCUCUUCCCUGCAGCCUCUAUUUUCCGAGGCUGUUGAGAGCAUCUUUAGCUACAGUGCCUUCCUGUGGGCUUGGUGCACCGUCAACACCAGAGCUGUGUACAUGAAGCCCAGGCGGAGGCGAUGCUUUUCCGUAGAGCCAGACACCUACGCGCUCGCUCCAUACCUGGAUCUGCUCAAUCACAGCCCAGACGUCCAGGUGAAAGCAGCAUUUAAUGAGGAAACUCGCUGUUAUGAAAUUAGAACAGUUUCAAGUUGUAGAAAACAUGAAGAGGUAUUCAUCUGCUAUGGCCCUCAUGAUAACCAACGGCUACUCCUGGAAUAUGGAUUUGUUUCCAUCCACAACCCUCAUGCUUGUGUUUAUGUCUCAAAAGAUAUACUUGUUAAAUAUCUUCCAUCAACAGAUAAACAGAUGAAGAAAAAGAUUUCCAUUUUAAAGGAUCAUGACUUUAUAGAAAAUUUGACAUUUGGAUGGGACGGGCCAUCCUGGAGGUUACUCACAGCUCUCAAGUUGUUAUAUCUGGAAGCUGAAGAGUUUACGUGCUGGAAAAAAGUACUUCUUGGGGAAAUAAUUUCAGAUACAAAUGAGAAGACAAGUUUGGACGUAGCCCAGAAAAUAUGCCGUUAUUUCAUAGAAGAGACUAAUGCUAUGCUUCAGAAGGUUUCUCGUAUGAAAGCUGAAGAAAUCGCUUUGAUAAACCAGCUUACUUUAGUGGAAACAUUGUGGACAGAAGAACUAAAGAUUCUCCAGGCAUCUGCUGGGAUCCUCAACAAUUUGCAAACAGCUUUUACAUAACUUCACCCAAGUGUGUUUGAUCACCUCCUGUGGUGGGUGUGGCUUCUUAAAUGUUUUUAAACUUCCUUAAACAUUUUUAAACUAAGGUUCUUUUAUAUAGAAUCAUUUACAGUCAAUGAACAGCUUCUAUUAAACAAUUGUG